CCUCGCUGUGAGGAUAAAAAAGGGCGACGGCGAGAGCAGCCGUUGCAGGAUGAAGCCGAGAGGCGGUGGCCUGGAGGAGAGCUGGCAGGCGGGGGACGGGAGCGGCGCGGGGGGCUUCAUGUCUCCUUACCACCGGCUGGGUCAACGGAUGCAGGAUGUUACUGGAGACCAUGGAGUGUUGAAAGAGAUUAUCCGUGCCGGCUCUGGUGAAACGGUGCCUCCUGAUGCAUCCAUAUUAGUGAAAUUUUCAGGUUACUUGGAACACAUGGACAGACCCUUUGACACAAACUGCUACAGAAGGAAUCAUAGACUCAUGAAACUUGGUGAAGACAUCACUCUUGGAGGAAUGGAGAUUGGUCUACUGACAAUGAAGAAAGGAGAGCUGGCAAGAUUUUUGUUCAAGCCAAGUUACGCUUUUGGAGCUGCGGGCUGCCCUCCUUUGAUCCCUCCCAAUGCCACAGUCUUGUUUGAGAUUGAGCUUCUGGACUUUCUGGACUCAGCAGAAUCUGACCAGUUCUUUAAUCUGACUCCUGAGCAACAGGCCCAGUUUCCACUGCAGAAAGUGCUGAAGGUGGCUGAAACUGAGCGGGAAUUUGGCAAUUACCUCUUCCGACAGAAGCACUUCAUGGAUGCCAGAGAAAGAUACAAACGGGCCUCUUCGCUGCUGCACCGUGUGAAUGCUGAAGAAGCUGAGCAAGUCAAAGUUGAUGCUGCCAAGAUUCUGGUCUUCCUGAACUUGUCUUUUACUUACCUGAAACUGGAGCAGCCCACUCGGGCCCUUGCCUACGGAGAGAAGGCCUUGAAGCUGGAUGAGAAGAAUGCCAAAGCACUCUUCAGGUGUGCUCAGGCAUGUUUCUCUCUGGCAGAGUAUGAGAGAGCUCGGGAUUUUUUGGUGAAAGCUCAGAAACAGCAGCCCUUCAACCACUGCAUUAACAAUGAAUUGAAAAAGCUGGCCAGCUGUUACAGAAAUUACAUGCUGAAGGAGAAGGAAAUGUGCUGCAGGAUGUUUGGCCCCCUCAACUCUACUUCAGCAGGAGAAGACCUGAAGAAUCCAUCUAUGCAGAAGGAAGAAACUUUUCUAUAAUGGGAAGGGAUCCCACUUCAGUACAGCCAACAACUGCCUUCUUGUUUUUGAAAAUCCAUAUGGAAAAGACCUUCCUCAUUCUGAGUACUUGGAGCUGAGAAGAUUAUGUGGUUGUUUAAUAUAUAAAAGCACAAUUUGUAUGUACACUUUGCUAGUGGCAUUCUACUGUCAAGUCUACUAAGAGACUUCUUUUGAAAAGAAGGUAUUUGCUCAGCAUUCUCUCAUUGUUUUGAAGGAAUUCCUUUCUCCUGUUAGCCAAACACAGGUAACAGAUUACUCUGUUUGGAUACAAAUCAGUUUUCCUUAACUUUCCUCAUUGCUCUGGACUCAGGCUGGUGAAAGUAGGCGGCCAUGGUUUUUGCUUAUCUGAGAAGAUUGUUAGAAAUGUUGUUUUCCUAGUUGUAGAAAAUAAAACUCAUUUCUGAGCUGAAAAUGUCA